AUGUCGAUCGACGAUAUUUACAUCGUCUUCGGGGCCCGCGGACCCCCGAAACGGAAACAAAUCCACCUCCGCGCAAUGUGGCGCGACAACACAUCGAAUACGAAGGUACAAGACGCACAAAUUGUCCGAUGUCUUUUUUUCAUUUCGCAGACCCUGACCUGGACAAGCCUUUUAAUUGUGGGACUUGAGCGUCAACUAAAAUUUGCUCUGCUAGGCUUCAGUCGAUCCGACCCACUUCUCUCCUAUUCUGCGAAUUCAAUUCGGUUUCCCCUUUACAAGAAUCUCAUGGCUGAAAAUUGGUGGUCAAGUGACAGGCGGCCAAGAUUCGUUGAAUUGAGGUCGUCAAGAUGGUUCGUCAUGUUUGUGGUCUCGUUUGCCGCAGGAACAGAUGUCUUUCUCUAUGGAUUGAUCGUCCCAGUGACACCCACUGCACUGAAGGAUAGAGUGGGACUGUCAGACGACAGGAUUCAAGCCUGGACCUCGAUCCUGCUCGCUCUUUAUGCAGCAGCACUUCUGGCAACCGCCCCGGUGGUGGGGUAUAUCGCAGAUCGAGCAGAGUCGCGAAGAUGGCCACUAUUGAUCGGUCUGGUGGCUCUGGGCGCAGCGACAGCCCUGCUGUGCAUUGGUACUCAUAUGGCGCUUUGGGUUGUCGGGCGCAUCUUCCAGGGUGUUGCGGCGGCGAUCGUCUGGACCGCCGGUCUUGCAUUGAUGGUUGACACUGUCGGCCAGGAUGGUCUCGGUCAAGCCAUCGGGUAUGUUUCCAUGGCUAUCAGCGUGGGAACACUAGGUGGUCCGCUUCUUGGCGGUGUUGUCUACCAGAGCGGUGGAUACUAUGCUGUGUUUGGUCUUGCCUUUGGCCUCAUCGGGCUGGACAUUGUCCUUCGACUGCUGCUGAUCGAGAAGCGACACGCCCUGAAAUGGCUUGUCCCAGAACUGAGACCACCAACGGAAAACGAUCCAUUGGAACCUGGAUCGGUGGCACCGGCAGUACCCCCAACCCCAAGCACUGCAUCAGAAACCCAAGGACCCCCCAAGCCUCUUCCUUCGCAGGGCGGUUUAGGCCGGCUCGCCACUCUGCUGAACUCCCCUCGCCUCGUCGUCUCUCUCUGGGGAUACUUCGUCAUCUCCCUCGUCUUGGGCUCUUUCGAUAGUGUUCUGCCACUCUUUGUUCACGACACAUUUGGAUGGCAGCAAAGUGGCCAAGGGCUCAUCUUCAUUCCACUCAUGGUCCCUCACCUCACGGAUCCGCUCACUGGGUGGAUGCUCGACCAUUUCCCCAAAUCCUGUCGCUAUAUCACCUCGACCGCUUUCAUCUGCGCCGCUCCUCUGUUGGUGCUUCUUCGCCUGGUGACAGACAACUCCAUGCAGCAGAAAAUUCUCCUCUGCGCUCUUCUCUCCCUGCUAGGCCUUUGCUUAGCUGUGUCCAUGCCACCUCUGGUGAACGAGACGUUCUACGCCGUGAAAGAAAAAGAAGAUGAAUCCCCGGGUAUCUUUGGCCGUGGAGGUGCUAUGGCUCUUGCGUUCGGGCUGGUGAAUAUGGGUUUUGCCGCUGGCACUCUCAUCGGGCCAUUCUUCGCAGGCUUCAUUCGGCAGAGCGCGGGAUGGGGCACCAUGGGGUGGGCGCUGGCGCUGAUCGCUGGCAUUUCAUCUGUCCCAAUUCUCUUGUUCUUGGGCGGAUGGAUCCUGACGGCCAAGCCGACUUUACCUGGACAUUAUUCCAACAUGGCCGAGAUUCAACACAUAGGUCUCAACGCCACUUUCAAGGGCAGACGUCUCUCUGAAUCGGUUGAUCAAUUUCGAGGGAUCAAGUAUGCCAGUAUCCCGGCUCGCUUCGAGAAAGCAGAGCUAGUCAACAGCUUUGAUGUCGUCGUUGAUGCUACUGAAUACGGUCCGAGAUGCCCUCAAGCCAAUAUAGAUGUUCGCCAUCUUCUUCGCAUUCCAGAGGAUUUCGUCAUUGAGCCUGAAGCCGAGGAUGAAUUCGAAUGUCUGAACCUGGAGAUUACAUGUCCACCCAACUCACCCGUAACAGGCCCUUUGCCGGUCGUUGUCUGGAUCCACGGUGGCUCUCAGAUAGUGACAUUCUGUUCAGCGGCCUCCAAGAUCUGCGACCCGACCAAGAUUGUGGCUGACUCUGUCAAGGCGGGCAAGCCAAUCAUCUUCGUUGGAAUCAAUUACCGUCUGAAUAUCUUCAGCUUUGGAGAUGGCAAGGAAAGAAACCUGGCGCUCAAAGAUCAGCGUCUGGGAAUUGAGUGGGUGCGACGGAACAUCGCCGGCUUUGGGGGUGAUCCAGACAAUAUCACGCUUUCGGGCGAGAGUGCUGGUGCGAUAUACACUCAUGCGCAUCUCAUCACAGGCCCUCCUGUCAAACGGGCAGUGAUGGCAUCUGGAUCGCUCUAUCUGUCCUCGCCACUGCCACUGGAGAAAGGUGAUGGUUUGAUUAAGUUGCUAGAGUCAAAGGUUCAAGAGCUUGGUCAGCCAUCGUUGCGGCAAUCCUCCGUGCCUGUCUUGAUCCAAGCACUUGAGGAAUGCAAUGUGAACACAGCAUGGAUCCAAGAAGAACCUGAACUAGAAGGGUGGGAAGCCCGACCAGAGCAGGUCGAAGAAGUCAUGAUCGGUGACGUCGAGUACGAGUCAGUGAUCUGGCGCAACGGCGUUGAACUCCUUGAUGGAGAAACGAUCGCCGCCGCAUUCGACAACGAUAAGAAUUGGGGCACCCAGUUGCGGAAAAUGUAUCAUGUCGUCGGCGACCGUUCGACGGCCGCGAAGCUAGGUGCUCUGGAUCUUGUCAACGACAUUCGCUACACUCUGCCUGUUGAGGUUAUUUCCGAAAAGCUGCGCAGUGCUAACAAACGCGUGUUCAACUAUGUAGUGGAUCAGCCAAACCCCUGGCAGGCGUCUAGCCGGGCACACCAUGCCGUUGAUCUGCUUUUCCUCUUUGAUGGGGUUGAUCUCUCCUCCAACCCAGCAGCCAGCGCUGUUGGGAAGGAGAUGCGACAACGCUGGAUCCGGUUCAUCAACAGUGACGGUCCUUGGUCUGUUGACCGAAGGUUCGCCUUCGGUCCGGUGGGUGAAUGCAAGGAGAUCAACGAAGUACAAUUUGCUGCUCGCAGACGCGUAGAGCACUGCAAGGUGCUGCGGGAAGCUGGUCCUAGUGCUUACAUGCCUAUUGUCUUCGCAUUGACCGCUGGGCGCAUCAAUUUGCUAAAUUAG